AUGGAGGAUCCAAGCCGAACGGACAACAGCCCAACUGCUGCCCUCAAUCUUGAAAAGAUUCGAUCUGAUUCAGAUGGAUCGAUGUCGGGCAUGGUUACGGGUCUUUUCAAUCAAGUUGCUCAGGGAAAUCCAUACUUUGCAGCCGGCGGCGGGCUCAUGAUCCUCGGGUCUGGUCUAGCGCUCGCAAGAUCUGGUAUUAUAAGGCUUAGUGGGCUUCUCUACCGGCAAUUGCUGGUUGACUUGGAAAUUCCAUCAAAAGACAAGUCUUAUCUCUGGUUCCUCGAAUGGAUGGCCAAGCACCCACACCGCUCUUCUAGGCACUUAUCCGUGGAAACUAACUUUAUACAACACGAUAAUGGAGCAGUUACUACUAAGUUUUCUCUUGUUCCCGGUCCAGGCAACCAUUUAAUCAAGUAUAAAGGUGCCUUCAUGCUCAUCAAGCGUGAGAGAUCAGGAAAAAUGAUUGAUAUGACUAAUGGUGCCCCUUUCGAAACAGUAACUCUUACUACACUUUACAGAGACAGAUUGCUCUUCAGAGAUCUGCUGAGUGACGCUAAAAACCUAGCCGUAAAGUCCAAGGAUGGGAAAACCGUGGUUUUCACAUCAUGGGGGCCUGAAUGGAGACCAUUUGGACAACCUAAAGCCAAGAGAUUGCUCCCUUCAGUUAUAUUGGACCAGGGCAUUAAACAAAGCAUUUUAAAAGAUGUUAAAGAAUUCUUAAACAAUGGUAAAUGGUAUUUCGAACGUGGAAUUCCUUACAGAAGAGGGUACCUCUUGUAUGGCCCACCUGGAAGUGGCAAAACUAGUUUCAUACAGGCUCUUGCUGGCGAACUUGAUUAUAACAUCUGCAUCAUGAAUCUGUCCGAAGCCAACCUCACAGAUGAUCGUCUGAACCACUUGAUGAACAACAUUCCAGAGAGAAGCAUCUUGUUGCUCGAAGAUAUUGACGCUGCGUUUAAUAAGAGAGCACAAUCAUCUGAAAAGGGAUUCCAGUCCGGCGUCACUUUUAGUGGUUUGCUUAAUGCCUUAGAUGGAGUGGCAUCGUCCGAAGAAACAAUCACGUUUAUGACCACCAAUCAUCCUGAGGUUUUGGAUCCUGCCAUAAUGAGACCUGGCAGAAUUGAUUACAAAGUUUUUAUCGGAAACGCCACCCCCUACCAGCUGGGCCAAAUGUUUUUGAAGUUCUACCCUGGCGAAGAGAAACUUUGCAAAGAGUUUGUUGACAGGGCCUCCGCUCUUAAUGUACCCAUCAGUACUGCCCAGCUCCAGGGUCUGUUUGUAUUUAACAAAGACGCUCCAGAGUCCGCCCUCGCAAUGGUUGAAACUUUGAAGCACCCAAACCAUGUGUUUUAA